CUCCCGCCACCCCACGUGGUACACGCCGCCGGCCCUGACGCUUCCCCACGACGUUCGCCGAGUGGCGCCGCCGAUGAGGCCGGAUGCUGCGGAGGGCGGUGUGCGCGGUACUGGAGCCCGCGGCUCAGGGCCUGGCCCUGUGCGGCGGUCGGGCCGGCCGUCCGCUCCACUGCCUGGCUAGGGCAGCGGCCGACGGCCUGGGGCGGCGGCUGGCUGCGGGCUGGGAGCCGGCCGGCCGCCGUCUCGCCGCGGUGUCGAGGAGGCCGCCAGAAUUUCCCAGCCAGUUGGAUGAUCUGGCACCAACCAUGUUGAAGAAAAACUACAGAGACUUGGAGGCAAUAAGCAAGACUGAUGUAGUAGUUCAAAGGCUGCUCUCACUGGAAAUGGCAAGUCAUAAGGAGAAGCUGCAGUUGAAGACGAGCCUGCUGGUAGAGAAGGUGCGGAGGAGUCCCAAUGACGUUGGUUCCACUGAGGUCCAAAUUGCCAUCUUAACAGCAAAAAUUCGGAAUUACCAGGAUCACCUGCAGAUCCACAGAAAGGAUAAGACCAACAAACGAUAUAUGCUGCUGGCAAUCGACAGGCGGAAGAAGCUGCUGAAGUACCUCCGGCGGACACGCUAUGAAGUUUUCGAAAAUGUUUGUGCACAGCUGGGCAUUCAGUACACCUUUCCCCCUGAGUAUUACAGGAAGGCAACACGGCGCUGGGCUGCCAAGAAAGCUUUGUGCAUAAAGGUUUUCGAGGAGAUGAAGAGGAUCCGUGCUGCCGAACGGCAGAAGCGCAAAGCCGCAGCUGCAGAGAAAGCCCAGUCUAUCAGCAGAGAAGUGAGUGAAGGUACCCCUGUGUGAUCAGGAGUGCACACUGCUGGCUGGUAUCUGUCGUGUACAACAGUUGUCUUUUGAUGGAAGAAGCCAGAACUUCAAUGUCCAAUUAAUAAAUAUUUAUCUUUUCAAAUUCCUUGUACUCUUUGAAAACUUUGAAAAAUCUGAAUCUUAUUGGUUAUUGUUAUGACUAUGCUGAAGCCUACUGAUACCAGUAGAUGGAUGUAGUGCAUCUAAAGUCUAUGUUGUCAGUUCGUUAACAUGGUUUGUAUAACUGCCACUUCCUGAUUCUUCUCCAAUCUACUUGCACCCCACACUCAGCGUCAAGCUGGCUCAUCUUUUGAUACCCACACCGAUGGAACAUCACUGGUCAUUGAAGAGGCUAAAUCAAAACCAUGUUUUGGUAUUGGUUUAUUAUUGUCACUUGUACAGAGGUACAGUGAAAAGGUUGUCUUGCACACCAUUUGUACAGAUCAAUUCAUUAAACAGUGUAGUUACAUUGAGUUAGUACAGAGUGCAUUGAGGUAGUACAGGUAAAAACAAUAACAGCAAAGAAAAUGUUACAGCUACAGAGAAGUGCAUUGCAGGUAGACAAUAAGGUGCAAAGUCAUAACAAGGUAGAUUGUGAGGUCAAGAGUCCAUCGUAUCGUACUAGGGGACUGUUCAAUAGUCAUUUCACAGUGGGAUAGAAGCUGUGCUGGUGGUAUGUGCCUUCAGGCUCCUGUAUCUUCUGCCUGAUGCGAGAAGAGAGAAUGGCUCGGGUGGCUGGGGUCUUUGAUUAUGCUGGCUGCUUUGGAGUACAGCGGGUCAGCCCUGAGAUGGCUGCAGAAACUGGAUAGAAUAACAGGAUAGAACUUGCUGUCAGCAGUGCUGCUUGCUACUGACCCAUGUGGUAAGAAUGCACUCAUCUUUGAUGCACUGCAGCCAACUUGUGUUGGGUGCAAUGUAAUGCCCUUGUUUAGGGUGUGGGCAGCAUUUGGGCAAAAAAAAACCUCUGAAAUGUUUAAAACCAGCUAAGCCAUAGUCUAACUUUGUCAGCUGUCAGCCCCAAUGAAGUCUUGAAUGUUUAUGAAUGUCCUUGAGAAAAAUGUUCAAAACCUGUCAAAAAUAAAUGUACAAAAAAAAAUACUUUUUAUAAAAAGCAAGCUAAAGUA